AUGGACAAUGGAGAUGCCUUUACGGCCGAACUAUGGGGUUGUCUGCAUGGACUCAAAGUUGAAUGGGAUGAAGGCCACCGCAGAGUUAUUCUAGAAUCAGAUGCAUCCAGUGUAAUAGAGCUCUUGUCCACUGAACCUAAUGAGGACAACGCCGACUACACUCUUCUACAAGAAAUUAGAUCACUCAUAGAUAGAAGCUGGGAGGUUCGACUUUCGUACGCCCCUCGAGCAUGUAAUGCUGCAGCUGACCAUUUGGCGAAGUUUGGACUUGGAGGUUUGUUGGGAUUUCACAUGGUCUAUGAACCACAUUAUGCACUUGCUGAACUCCUGGCUAUUGAUUGCCGUAUGACAAAGGGCAAUCACGUAGGUGUUAGCUAA